AUGGUCGCCCGACCUCCUCGGCCGCCCUUCCAUUUGGCAGAGGUGCUCCCGAAGUUUGUUGUGUGGUCGGAGCAGCCAGCUGGCACCUGGCUCCAGCUUCCGUGCUCCUUCGCCGGUGAGCUGUCGGCUGUGGGGCUUGAACGCUUCUGGCUGCAAGCUGACGGCUGCUCAGCAAGGCCUCGGGCCACGGUGGAGGUUCCUGCCGUAGGCAACGCAGUCCUGGCCCGCGGCUGGCAGACAUUUGCCCGCGCGCGCGGCUUGAGCAGGAGGUGCACCCUCCACUUCAAAGGAAGCACUACAUUAUGGAAUGGAGGGGUACUAUACAUCCAAUAUAAUCAAGCAUGCACCCGGACGAACUUCUGGGGCCCACCUGCAGCUACCAGUCCCCAGCGCGCGGAGAGGGUGGUGGACCUGGCUUCAUGGGCUCGAGCUCGAUGGCUCCCGGCUCAAACGCGCCGGCCCGGAGCCGCGCGUCGCCUCCCUCCUCGGAGCGCCGCCGCAGGCCACCAGCUCCACGCGCUCCUCACCAAGCAUGGCCUCCUCCACCACCCGGCCUACCUCCGCGCCGUCCUCUCCCGACUCCCUGCCUCCCCGUCGUCCCUCGCCUUCCUACUCUCCGCCCCUCCGGGCGUUCUCUCCCAGUCCCUCUUCUGCCCGGUCAUCGCCGCAUUCUCCUCCUCCCCCGUUCCUCACUUCUCGCUCGUCAUCUUCAACCACGUCUCCUCCCUCUCCAUCCCCACUCCGCUCCCCACCUUCCCCGCCCUCCUCAAAUCCUGCGCCCGGGCUUUCAAGCUGCGCUCUGGAGCCAGCGCGUCCUCUGAGGCCUUCGCCUUCAAGGGGCUGGAGUUGCACUGCCGCGUCCUAAAGCUGGGCUGCGGUGCGGAUCGCUACGUGCAGAACGCGCUCGUGUCCAUGUACGGCAAGCUCGGCCGUCUCAGGGAGGCGAGGAGGGUGUUCGACGAAAUGCCUGUUAGGAACGCCGUUUCCUGGAACGCCCUAGUGGGUGCGCACGAUGUGGCGGGUGAUUCGCAUGGUGCAGAGCGAUUGUCUCAGGAAACGCCUGACCGGAACAUUUCAUGGUGGAACGCCGAGAUCGUGCGGAAUGCGAGGGCUGGUGAUAUGGAGGAGGCAUCGCGGGUCUUCAGUGAGAUGCCUGACAGGGACGUUGUGUCAUGGAACUCCUUGAUCGGUGGCUAUGUGAAGCUCAGGAGGUACAAGAAAGCAUUGGAGAUCUUCCAAGAGAUGCAGGACAAUGGCAUCGAGCUGACCGAGCUAACACUUGUGUCUGUUCUUGGGGCAUGUGCAGAGAUUGGCGAGGUGGAGCUUGGGAAGGGUGUCCACAGUUACCUGGAUAGCAAGGGCAUUGCGGCUGAUGGUUAUGUUGGUAACGUGCUCGUUGAUAUGUAUGCGAAAUGCGGCAGAUUGGACCUUGCCAUGCAAGUCUUUGAAAGCAUGUCAACCAGGGACAUUACUUGCUGGAAUGCAAUGAUUGUUGGGUUGUCGGUUCAUGGCUACUCACACAAGGCUCUGAAGCUCUUUGAUUCGAUGAAAGUUGAGCCUGAUCAUGUCACAUUUCUUGGUGUCUUGAUUGCCUGCAGCCAUGGUGGCCUAGUGGACGAGGGGAGAUCAUAUUUUAGCAGCAUGGCUGCAGACUACAAAAUUGUGCCGGAUGUGAAGCAUUACGGGUGCAUGAUAGACAUGCUCUGCCGCUACGGUAAAGUUGCAGAAGCAUAUCAAAUGAUGGAUGAUAUGCCCGUCAAGGCAAACUCUGUGCUCUGGAAGAUGGUGUUGGCUGCAUGCCGAGUGCAUGGGCAAAUGGACCUUGCUAAAAAGGCUUUCCACAAAUUGCAUGAGCUGAUGCCCGCUGAUGAUGGGGAUGUCAUCACGAUAUCCAAUGUUUAUGCAGAAGCAAGGAGAUGGGACGACGUUGAGCAUCUGAGAACGAGGAUAACCGAACACGGUGUUUGGAAGCACGCCGCACACAGUCAAGUUGAUGUUCCGUAGCUAAUAUUUAGAGCGAAGAAUGACCGAAUUCAGUUCCAGAAGUCUGAUUCGUCAACCUGAGUACAGCCAGGCCGCAGCUUCAAUAGGCUGUGUGUUGCCGCUUCUAAGCUUCCAAGUGAAGAACGAAGAGAAACGUCAAGUUAGUAACCAUGCUGAGUUCAUUUAUUCUGUUAUUAAGCUGAGAGGACCUUGUUAUUAAGCUGAAAAUGGCCUGUUUUAAGAUGGAGCACUGGUGACCUUGAAAAGCUUAAUUUCCUUUGCUGGAGCUACUUAAUCGAGUUCGCAAAUAUUCCGCUUGAUUCUUGUGAGUGAAGGUGAAGGCCAUGCUAGAUGUUACAGCAUUCCAUUUUUAUAGCCUCACGUCAUUGAAACAAGAUGUCACAAAUGAUAUGGUUUUGUGUCCA